AUGAAAUUUAAAACUGUAGCAGCUCUACUGGACGGUGUGCACACAGAUUUUGUAGCGUCGGUUUUCGAGGAUACUACCUUUAUUGCGGUCACUCAAAAUUCAAAACUAGGAACAUUGUACCUGGUCAAGCCGGAAUCUUGUACAUUGGAAGAGCAAGGAUACGACAUAAAAGUGCUAUUUGGCCGAGAAGACGAUAAUCAAACUUCAAGUAUUGUUAGUUUAAUGAGAGCAUUAAACGUUAACAGCAAAACUAUUAUUUCUCUUAUGAUUGAAAACACUAACUUCAGAACUUUAAGAGCUGUACAACAGGUCUUAUCCACACUGAUUUAA